AUGGCUUACGCACCUACCAACCAAAAGGAGCUCGAAAAGACCUCCAAGAAACUUCAAAAAACAAUGUACAAUGCCAAGCAUGGUGAGCGCGUUUGGAGAAAUAUGGAACCCUUUGAAAACGUUCGUUUUUGGAUCGACGCAGACAAUGUGGUUUUGAAGGAAAUGAACCGCAUUCUCAAAAAGGAAUCUGACACUCUUGUGGCCUUGAAACUCUUGGGCUGCAACUUAUUUGCCAAUCGCCCUGAAGACGAGCCGAACCCUUUCUAUCGCUUUGAAUACAAAAACUAUGAAACUUUUUUGUAUGGCUACAUUCCUGAAGAGAAUGUUGAAAAUUCAGAUGAUGAUGAUGAUGAUGAUGAUGAUGAUGAUGAUGAUGAUGAUGAUGAAGAAGCAUCAUCAAUAUUGAGUCGGUCAAUUAAAAGACGUAAGAGACUGGUGAGAAAGGUCACAUCUCCCAGUAGAGAUGAGGUAUACAUCAAGAGCCUCCAAAAUAAGAAGAUUCCUAAGGCAAAGGUUGACAAUGAACCAGUUAUUAUUCGUCGGACUUCCACUAUCGCUAUGGAUAUUGUUAAGCAAGUUAGCCAGGCUCUCCCAGAAAAUAUGUCAAUUGACUUUACUUACAAUGCUCCAGAAAGCAAGUACCAGAGCCCUGAUAUCUAUCUUUUCACUUUGAACACCACGUAUCUCUCUCCUAACAGUGAUGAUACGAAUAUCUAUAAGUACGAUAUCAUGGCAAUGUAUCAAGCAUCAAGCAAUACUUUGCCUCAUCUCAAUGAUAACAAUUUUGUCAAAUCAUUGGUUAGUCCUUCUAACAACAAUGAAAAGUUUGGUGUUCAAAUGAUUCGACAGUUGGUAAACUAUAUGACAAUGCAUGAUAUUUGCUUUGGUAUUAUUGCUAACACUCAGUACGUCCGCUUAAUUGCAAAGACCAUUGACAGUCAUUCUGAUAGUGAUGGUAAAGGUGGUGGCGCCAUUUGGGUAUCCCGAAGCAUGCCCCGCGAUUCUAUUUUUCCCAGUUGCGGUGUUCAAGUGUGUUCCAUUAUUGGAUACAUCACCAUGUUUAUUUCCAUCAUUAUUCGUGGCGAUGACAUGUCUCCUGAGUGGCCUGGAAAACAUGUACCCAUUUUACCAACCUCUGAGUGUGAACAGAUUGAAGAAGAAUUUUUAAAGCUUCAUAACGAUGUGUCUUUUGCAAAACAUUUUUUUUCAGAUCAUAUGCUGGCAAAUAUGGAAGCUAAUGGCAACAAUUACGAGCUGGAAGACCUGCCCAACCUUGAUCUUAUCGAUUCGAUUUCUAAAAAUAAAAGCGCCUGGAGUAAUCUUGAUGUUGAUGUCGACAUUAUUGAGGCAUACACUUUUGCCCAACAUAUUUUCAACUUGGUGAUUGUGGACGAUUUUGAUAAAGAGCCCUCUUUUUACGCUCCAGUAGAAGGUGAGGAAGCCGAAAGAGCUGCCUCUAUAUUGAAGGAUGAAGAAAUCUCAGAUUACCUUAAAGCUACAGAGAUUUACUCCAAUGCUACCACUUGUGCCAAAUGGAAAACCACUAAACCCGAUUUUGAACCAUUUUUGUAUGACGAUAAAAUUGAGUGUGAAAUUGACCUCACUAGUGCCAACAGUCAAAACCUAGACUCAAGCAGCAAUAAUAUGUCUGAACCUUCAAGUGUAAUUAUGGGUUUGGAAGAAACAAAUGGCUCGCAAGAUACCUUUGACAACUAUAGGGAUUUUGAUUAUGAAUUUGUCAAUACUACCACUGAAGAGGAGGAUGAAGAGAUGGUAAAGAAUCUAGGACUUAUUGCAAUUGACAAACCAGAAAAUAAGGAGCAAGGCGUGACUUACACUACUCCUUCGAGGUCUCUUGGUCCUAGCGCUUCUGAAGUCGUUAGCAGAGUUAUUGAGCACAAGAAAAAUCACUCUCUAAAGUUUACACGGUCUGAUCUAGGUGGGAAUGACAAUAGCGUACAGGAGGAAGACGUGGCUCAAAGUAUCUCUUGUUUUGACAUUGUUCCAGAAGUUAUUCUUAAUGCGGAGGUGGAUGAUUAUAAGAAGAAUGGGAUGGAGUUAAUGCUUACUUUGUGCCGCAGUCGCAGAUCUGAAUGGUUUGGGGUGACCAGAAAUCAAAAGAUUGUCCGAAACAAGACAUAUAUGCCUGGAUACUUGAAUAUUUUUGACGGUUCUUCCAAUGUCAAGUCUUAUGAAGUCAUCAUUCGCAACAGUGAGUAUGGAUAUAUGCCUGAGAGCAGCAACAGAAGCAAAGACUUUAUGUACCAUGAAAUUCUUAUCUUCAAGUACUUGUACGAGCAACAAGUAAACUUGAGCAUUAUUCCAGACAUUUUUGUUUUUGGAGAUACUUGGCAGACAAAUAAGAUGCUUGUGAUGAAACCGUGGGGCAGAAAGAUGACUGCUAAUGACAUUUGCAAUGACCGUGAUGGUUCUUUGACAAGACAGAUGAUAGAGAUUGUGGAAAAGCUUCUAUUUCAAAAGGUUGCUUUGGGCCGAAUCCGAAUUGAGAACUUUGCUGUCGAUCCUACUGGUCAUGUUCGCAUUGUGGAGAUGCUCGAUGCCUUUAUUUUUGACGAAGAAUACGAGAAACCAGUGAGAAGUCGAGAGUUGGCUACACUUGAUAUGGCCAUUGCUGAUGCAAACAACAAUGCAAGCAUUGAAGAUAUGGUUGGGAUUUUGAUUAAGAGCGAGGAGGAAAUUGGUAGAAUUAAAGCAGAGAUUGAGGCCAAACUUUUGGCAGAGGCAGAGGCAAAGGCAGUAGCUGCUGCUGCAGAAGCAGCAGCAGCUGGAUCAACUGGGGUUACUGCUGAAAGACAGGAGAGCCAUGACGAAAUGCUUGGAAAUGAGUCGACUAUUUACUCAUUUGAUGAUGAUGUUUCUAGUUUGGGAUUUAGCUGGAUGACCGAUCCCACUGCUUUUAAUGAGACCACUAUGGUUUCUAGUGAAGGAAGCGGGAGCAUUGUUGGGAGUACCCAAAGUAGGGGACAGAACAAUCAGCAAGCAGUUCGUCCGCAAGGAAAGUUGAGAUGGUUUUUGAGUAAAGUCAUUUUGAAGCGGAAGUCUAACCAGGGACUGGUGACUGGACAGGUUAACCUGAGUGCUUAA